AUGAAGAGAGCUCUCCCAUCUCCAACGGUCGAUACUUUCAAGUCGGCCAAAAUGUCAAGCGAGCGGCAAGCAGCGGAUGCUAUCCGGUUCUACGACUCGAAAUCCUGGGAUUACGACGCUACCUGGCACAACGAUUUCACCAGGCGAUUCAUCUCCUAUCUCGAUAUCCAACCGGGGCAACAAGUACUGGAUCUGGCAUGUGGCACCGGGCUGUUGACAUUCCGCGAGGCAGAGGCGGUAGGACCACAAGGGCAUGUCAUCGGAGUUGAUGUCACCCCUGGUAUGCUCGCGGUCGCUACUCACAGAAAGACCCAAGGAGGGGACAAAUACGCAAACACAACUUUCCUUCAAGGCGACGUCCUGCAUUUAGAAGAGACGGAAGCACUCAGAGGAAAGCAAUUUGACGUCAUCACAGUGGCUUCUGCUCUGGUCUUGUUUCCCGAUCCAAAAGCUGCUAUUGAGCAUUGGGCAGGGUUCCUGAAGCCUGGAGGCGUCAUUGCCAUGGAUGCGACACAUCCGAGGAACUUGGUCUCCGGCAUGGUACUGGAGAGGGUUGCCCGCAGGUUGGAACUUCCCAUUCCAUAUAAUCGAUCGUGGAGCAAAUCAGAAGACACACUGAAGCAGAUACUGGAGUCUGCGGGCGUGGAGGUAGAUCAAGUUGUUACCGUGGAGAGUCAAGCGGGAUAUGGCCGACGCACUUACGAGAUGGAGCAGUGGGAUGAUUUCUUCGUCGAAAACGUGAUUGUCAAGGACGUUGCGAGAACGUUUGCGAACAAUGACAUUCGAAGGAAAGCGCAAAAGAUCUAUAGGGAAGAGUGGGAGAAGCUGGCGAUAGACGGAAAGAUUGAGGAGAUUGACUCGGUCUUCCUCGGUAUUGCGCGGAGACCUGCGGACGGUUCAAGAUAUGAGCCACAAGUUAUACACGAUGACGUUGUCUUCAAAGGUGGAUGUCGCUGUGGUGGCGUGCAAUACACAUCGAGCGCCGCACCUUCAGACAUCACACUGUGCCAUUGUCGCGCAUGUCAGCAAGUCUCAGGCUCUGGCUUUCUGCCCUUCACACACGUUCCCAAAGACAGCAUCUCCUUCACGUAUGCGGACACGCGCACAGUCCUAAGACUAUCGGCCGUUGCGGAACGUACCUUUUGCGCGGGCUGCGGAGCUCCGAUCUCUAUGUCAUAUCCCUCCGAUCCCGACGGUCUAGGGUUGUGCAUGGCAACGGUCGAUCUGGAGACCCUUAAGACGGAAGUAGCACCCAAAGUUGUGAAGCACAUAUUUCUGCGAGAAAAGGCGCCCUGGGUGGUACUUCCCGAAGAUGGAACGGAGCGGUGGGGCACGUCAGAAGACGCGCACCUGCUCGCGCAGAACUAG